AUGGACGAUGACGAGGAAGAUGUGGAAGAUGUGGAAGAUGUGGAAGAUGUGGAUGCACACCCCCACGAAGCACUUGUGAAGAGGAAGGACAUCUACAACGCCCUCUCUUUGACAAUAAUCCGGAUGGUCCUGUGUCCGUCGGAGACUGCCAGGCCGAUACUGCGGAGAAGUUCAAAGACGCUAUCAAUGAGCGGUCGGUGUUCUGGCACAUUUCUGUGUCCCAUUGAGCCAGCGUCUUCCUCGCUGCUAAAGAGAGUGUGGGACAACUCCGCUACGACAUUGAUGAUCUGGAGAUGGGGAGCUCCUUUAAGUAGCGGAGCCGCACCGUACUUGAAUCUACAACUCUGCAAUCCGUGGGCACACCGCUUCCCGUACCCAGACAAGUUCAACGAUGACCACUCUAAGUACGAGACUGGAGGAGACCUCGCGCGGAGUACCAAGCACGAUAUCCGCACCAGGAUCGUGCGCCGCUUUUACGAUGGACCUACAGUCGGAUAUCAGGGUAUCGCAACAACGUUUGAUGUGAUCAAGCGUCUUGGUCCGGCUUGGCUGCGAAUGACAGUUGACCCGCUAAAUUCGGAAUGGCUUCCAUUGUCGGAGAUCGAGAUCCUUGUGAGUCGGGAAGCAGGGCACAUUGGCAGUCUCGUUUGCUACUAUCAAGGAAAGCCACAAGCUGAUCACCGCCCCGCCACCGAGACGAUCGACCGGUGA